UUUUUUUUUUUGAUAUAUAUAUAUAUAUAUAAAUAUAUAUAUUUUAUCACUUUUCAGCCUUAUUGUGGUUCUGAUGUCCUUUCAUGGUUCCCCUCCCUCUUCUCCAUCCGCUGGCAAAAGCUUGGAUACCAAUAUGCUAGCAUGUGAAGUCAAGCGAACUGAAAAGAUCAACUGGACACCCUAUCUUCGGGAAUACAUCUCUAACGGUUAUGCUGAACAUCCUGACUUGUAUACUGACGAUUUUCGACUAUUGGACGAACUUCGCAAUGACUGUAUUUAUUUGGAAUACAAUGAAAAAGCUCUAAAUAGACUCAUAAAGUAAGUAAUAACUUGUGUGCUCUCAAAACCAUUCUCAUGUUUGGUUUUGUAUCUUGUCUAGAUAUUAUGCUCAACUGGUAUUUA